GCUGCGUCGUCGACUUGGCCAGAGAGAUCAAGCGGUGCGACAUUCUCUCGUUUAGCUGCGUAGACAAGUCAGCACUUGCCAAUUCCCUCGACAACGUGCGCCAUGGAACAGAACCUCGUUGCCCUUGUGGCCAAUGCCGGCACGACGACGGACGUGUUUACGUUGGCCGACGUGUCGGCUGUACGGAACUGGGAUUACUCGCUGCCGACGCUGACGCAGGACAAGCGCUUCACGGAGCGCAAGCCGUGGUCCGACUCGGACGCGUUCAAGAAGGCGUUCUUUGAAACGUAUCCCGUGUUGAAAGCGAUCUCGCUCGACAAGUUGGCCGCAAUGGGCGGGGCUGUCUUGAGUCUUCUCACGACGGACUUUUCGACGAAAGACCUGGAUUUGUUUGUCGUGCUGGACGAUCCGUGCAUGUCCCCCGAGGCGGCGAAAGCAUUUACCGACGAUCGGAUCAAGCGAUUCAUACGGGACAUCUACGAGUUCAUGUCUGGUCACAACGUAGCGCUCAAAUUGGUCGAGGAAGAGAAGCAGAAAACCAAGCCCGACUUCUCCAUCGACGCCAGCAAACUCUACAACCUGGACCAGUUCCGAGUGCGCCGCGUGUUGAAUGUGUUCACGGUGACCGUGCCGGUGUUGCGCCAGCGACAUGACUACCGCAGCACGCUGACGAUUCAGUUGGUGUCGACGCCGCAUGUGUCUCUCGCCGACCUGCUGCGGCAAGUCGACAUUGCGUGCACCGGUGUCGCGUACUACCACAACAACGUGUGGUUUUCGCCGCUGUCCAAGUUUGCGUUUGAAAAUCUCUGCUUUGUUGUGGACGGGUCGCGCUCAAACUCGGCGUACGUUGACCGCGUGAUCAAGUACUUUGACCGAGGGUUUGACGUGAUCAUGCCGUCUCUCGAUACGACCAAAGUUCGCACGCGCAAUUUCGCGUUUGGCGAGGUCGAAGUGGUCGACUUGCCCAAGCUCAACCUUGUCGUCCGGAACGUGAAGGGUUGCAAAGUGUUGGUGCAGGCGCUGAAGAAGCGCACACCGUUCGACGACGGCGACUUGGACGAUGCCGUGAGCGCCACGGCGGGAUGCUUUGACGAGUACACCAACAGCGACGGCGCGUCCGAGUUGCACGCGGGCGCCAUCAUCCACCACAAUAUUCGGUGCCUCCUCUACGGCAAUUUUGACGGGUUCAUCGUGGCCGGCGAAGGUUCCAACUACGCACUCGCGUUCCGAUCGCGGCCAACCAUCACGGAUCGCAUGCUCGUCAACUCGUUCGAGUCGGUCAAGAACGACGUGUACAAGAACUCGACGCUGAACGUGGGCAAACUCGUCGCGUACUUUCCGAUCCUGACCCCAUCGCAGCUCGUGGAGCGGACCGUGACGUCGUAUGUUGCGUUGCAUGAAGGCCAGAAACGAUCGCGCGUAGUCUUUUUUGACGCUGCGUACGACCGGCACAUGGAAAGCGUGCUCGACGACUUGGUCGCACAACAAAUCGCGGAUGCCAAGGCGAAAAUCGUCGAGUUGGAAGCCACGCCGUUCGUGGCGACCACCGUGACGGUUGAAUCGCGGGCGAAACCAUCGACGACGAAAUCCCCCCAAGAGUUUUUUGGGGCUUUCUUCAAGCAAGUAUCUGUACAAGCGUAAGGAUAGAUAUCUCUUGCCUCAUACGUCAUUUUGUUGCCGUGAGA